GAAAAUUAGAAAUUCAGUGAAAUUUAUUAGAGGUUCACCACAAAGACAACAAAAAUUUAAAGAAGUUUGCUUGCAAGUCAAUGCUCCUGAUAAAAAGUUGAUUCAAGACGUUGAUACAAGGUGGAAUUCUACCUAUCUGAUGCUUGAAACAGCACUUCUAUUUCGGGAAGCAUUUAACCGGUUCGGGAAGAUUGAACCUGAUUUUCUUAAUGUUGCUCCAACGAGUGAAGACUGGAAUAAUGCAAGUAGUCUUUCAAUCUGCUUGAAGGUCUUUUAUGAAGUCACCAUUCUCUUUUCAGCUCAUGUAUACUCAGCAAACAUUUCGACAAAUCAAGUGAACAUGGAAGAUUCAGUUGGUAGUAGUGGUAGUACUUUAUCUUCUCAAAGUUCUUUUACUUCUAGAAGGAAAGGUUUGACGGCAUUUCUGGAAGAAAGUUCACAACAUGACGUUGUUCGCACAGAUCUAGAGCAAUAUCUAUCAGCUGAUGUUCACCCUAUUAGAAAAGGAAGUGGUAUUGAUCUGAAUGAUUCUAGUUUUGAUCAGUGA